UUUGCAGAGGUCCCUAACCAAGAGCACGAAAUUGUGGAACAACUGCUUCCGAAUGACCAAUUAGAAAACUCGGAAGAAACAGAGCCCCGCCAAAAUAAAACUCUGCAACAACUGCAGACUUCCGAUCAGCAACAUGUUUUACAAAUCCAGCAGACCAUCUGUCAAUCACAGCAACCACUUGAGUUGUAUGUGGAUGGUUUCAGCGCUGCAAUCACCUCGGAGAACUUGAAGACCCACUUUGAACAAUUUGGUGAGGUGCUCGAGGUGGAACUGUCUGUAGAUGAAUCAACAAACGCGCCCAGUGGAAAUGCCUACAUUACACUGCAACCGACAGUAGAUUCCAACCAAAUCCUCGAAACAGAGCACAUUGUUUGCGGAGUGCCGAUCAACGUUGACGAGUGUUAUUCUUCCAGCGAAUCUAAUAGUAACUCAGAAAGGUGA